CCAAUUUCUCUCACAAACCAAAAUAAAACAAGCAAGCAAGAAAUGGAAAAAACCUCACCAAUACUUCUUCUCCUUCUUGUUUCUUCACUUUCAUUGGCAUCCUCAAACUCACUCCAGGCCACCUUUGUUCAAUGCCUAUCAAACCACUCAAUUCCACAAAACCAAAUCACAGCCAUACUCUACACACCAAACAACCCCUCAUUCCCAACCAUCCUCCAAUCCUACAUCCGCAACCGCCGCUUCAACACCUCCACCACCCCAAAACCCCUCCUCAUCAUCACCGCCCUCCUCGAUACCCACGUCCAGGCCGCCGUCCUCUGCUCCAAAACCACCAAAAUCCAGCUCAAAAUCCGUAGCGGCGGCCACGACUUCGACGGCCUCUCAUACGUCUCCACCACCCCUUUCAUAAUCCUCGACAUGUUCAACCUCCGCUCCAUCUCUAUCAAUAUUAUUACAAACACUGCUUGGGUUGAUGCAGGCGCCACGUUGGGCGAGCUGUACUUCAAAAUAGCAUCAUUGAGCAAAACCCGUGGUUUUCCCGCCGGAGUUUGCCCCACCGUCGCCGCCGGAGGCCACUUCGCCUGCGGCGGCUACGGCAACAUGUUGCGAAAGUACGGGUUAUCGGCCGAUAACGUGAUCGAUGCCCGAAUUGUCGAUGUUAACGGGCGAGUUUUGGACCGGAAAACCAUGGGGGAGGACUUGUUUUGGGCGGUGAGAGGUGGCGGCGCCGCCAGCUUCGCGGUGGUGCUGUCGUACAAAAUUAGGCUAGUUCCGGUGCCGGAAACCGUGACGGUUUUCCGGGUUGAGAGGACAUUGGAACAGAAUGCGAUAGAGAUUGUUAAUCGUUGGCAAUUGGUAGCAGAAAAGAUUGAUAGAAAUCUAUUCAUAAGACUUCGUUUGUCACCUAGUACUACAAAACAAAACAAUGCAAAGACAAUCAAAGCAUCAUUCGUUUCAUUGUUUCUUGGUGAUUCACAAAACCUCAUGGAUGUGAUGAACAAAGAGUUUCCUGAAUUGGGUUUAAAAAAACAAGACUGCAUAGAAAUGAGUUGGAUUCAAUCAGUGCUCUACUGGGCAAAUUUCAACAACAAUACCUCAACACUUGUCUUGCUCAAUAGAAUCACCCACUUGGAUAGUUUUCAAAAAAGAAAAUCAGAUUAUAUCCAAACCCCAAUUCCCAAACAUGGGUUAGAAUUGAUUUGGAAAAAAUUGAUUGAAUUGGGGGAAACAGAACUAGUCUUCAACCACUAUGGUGGGAGAAUGAGCGAAAUUCCGGUGGCGGCAACACCGUUCCCUCACCGGGCCGGGAACAUAUUCAAACUCCAGUAUUCUGUGAAUUGGAAAGAUGAAGGAGUUGAUGCAUACAACAACUAUAUGGGUCAGAUUAGAGAGCUAUAUAGUUUCAUGACUCCAUUUGUGUCAAAGUCACCUAGAGAAACAUUUCUAUGCUAUAGAGACCUUGAUAUUGGAAUCACACACAAUGGUGAGGGUAGUUAUGAUGAAGGUAAGGUCUAUGGGUUGAAGUAUUUCAAGAGUAAUUUUGAUAGGUUGGUGAAGGUGAAGACCAUGGUUGAUCCAGAGAAUUUCUUCAGAAAUGAACAGAGCAUCCCUACAUUUCCAUCCAUGGGGAGGAUCAUCAGAGGAAACUAGAGAUGGAGAUAGCUUGGUGUGUCAUAGUUUUAGUUUGGGGUGGAAUAGGUUUGCGCAUGUGUUGUUUGGUGCAACUUAUCACUUUUAUAAUUUUUUUUUUUAAUUGUGUAUUUAGUGUAAUUUCUGUUUAUAACUUAUAAUAUAUAAAUAAUUUAAAUAAGUUAGG